CGAUGCUCACAGUACUUGCACUUCCAGUGCUUUGAUCUCUUGAAUGCAAACUUCCUCGUGGCGCCCUCUACGAUGAAGUGCAGCUUAAUCCGCUAUGAAGUGCAGCUUAAUCUGAAGAAGAAGAAGAAGAGGGGGAGUAGGAGAGGGAGAGGAGGAAGAAGAGAGGUGGAGGAGAAGGAAGAAGAAGACCAGGAGGAGGAGGAGGAGGAGGAGGAUACGGCAGACGAGGAGGAGGAGGAGGAGGCGGAGGAGGAGGAGGAGGAGGAAGAGGUAGAAGAGGAGGAGGAAGAAGAAGAAGAGGAGGAGGAGGAGGAGGGGGAGGAAGAGGAUGAGGAGGAGACAAACGAGAAAGAUAUGGCGGAGGAGGAAGAUAAGGAAGAAUUUAAGAAGAUGUGGAGGGCGAGGAGGCGUAGAAGUAGCCGCACCGGCAAAAAAGAAAGAAGAACAAGAGGAGGGGGAGGAGGAGGGGGAGGAAGAGGACGAGGAGGAGACAGACGAGAAAGAUAUGGCGGAGGAGGAAGAUAUGGAAGAAGAUGCGGAGGGCGAGGAGGAGUAGAAGAGGAGGAGGAGGAGGAGGAGGAGGGAGAUAUGGAGGAAGCAAAUGAGGAGGAAGAGGAGGAGGAGAAGGAAGAAGAGGAGGACGAGGAGGAGGAGGASGAGGAGGAGGAGGAGGGAGAUAUGGAGGAAGCAGAUGAGGAGGAAGAGGAGGAGAAGGAAGAGGAGGAGGAGGAGGAGGAGGAGGAGGAGAAGUAGCUGCUUAGGCAAAAACAAAAAAUAAAAGUGCCACGUGGCA